AUGUGGGAGUUCAAUAUGGAGGAGCUACAGACUCUGCGGCAUUUCCUCGGCAGAACACACGAGGGAAUGUGGAAGAUGCUCUUCAAGGCGCAGGAGAGCUGGCCCAUGGAAACCAAAGACGUCGGCCUCAACGCCAAGAAUCCGGCCACUCUGAUAAGUGUUGAACUUCCGAAGACAUACCUAGUUAAUGUAUUCGAUCAAUACAAAACUCAUCAUCCCACCUUUUUGCAGGGCUGGACCAAGAAGUCGGAGCGGAUUAAGAGUCCGGCUCCGUUUCCCGAAGACCCAGUCACUCUUCAGCUGGAGGAGAUGCUGGUCCCGGCACCCUAUCAGGCGUCAGAGACGAAAAUCAAGAAGAAGGGCAAGGGGGCCAUGGACGGGCCCUGCCGCAAAGUUGGCGCAGCCAAGGUCGAGUCCCUCAAGAGCGCCCUCGCCCAAGCCAAGAAGGAGGUGGAGUGUCGAGGCGCCGCACACCCUUCGACCCGAUUUGGGCCGGCCUUUUUAUCUCUUCGUUGUUUCUCUCCUUCCUCGCGUUUUCCUCAGACUCCACAGGGGAAGAGAACCCAGCGACUGUUUCUACUCCCCUUCCUCGUUCGUGUGGCAGAUCUCGCGUUCAUCUGCUUCUUCCUACCGGGAUCCUACUCCGGCAAGAGCACCAUCGCCCUCGUAAGCAGAUGGUGUGGCGUGUUUUUCCCCAGGAUAGCACUUCAAUUUUGGUCCAGAUUCGGCUCAGAUCCAGUAGACCGUUGUUGUUCUACAGGAAAAAGAUGGUGUGGCGUGUUAUUCCACAAACAAUCAAAUUGUAUCACUCAACAGCAAAUCAACAAGAUAACAUCAAACCUGGGAAUCAUUCCUCAAAUUUGGCAGAUUGGUGCUGACAAAAUGGCAAAAUUCGACCUGAACAACAUGGACUUUGUGGCACUGGAUGAUGCUUCAACCAGGAAGAGAAAGAGCGCCUUUAGAUGUUUCUAGAAAGGAAAGGAGUAGUCACAAAUAUUUGCUACAUUGAUGUGUAUAUCCAUUUUAGCUGAUCAACAUAUACCUCAGAAAGCAUGUUGUUGUUGACUUCCUAUGACAAACAAAAGUGUUCCCAGUGUGCAAGUGUUCUAAACGAAUGUGUUUUUGUUUUUCUUGCUAUUUUCCUAUGUACCUCACACAACAAUAUCGCGCCAGAAAUAGGGAUUCUGUUCUAGA